UUGCACUGCAAUUACACUUGGGAAAAUAUUGUAGACCGAGUAUUUAGUUUUCAGAUUAAUUUUAUAGACGAUAAGGUUUCGCGCGGACGUGAAGCGCGGCCACCGAAACUGUCGCGUUUUUCAGUUGUUUCCGACGCGACGUCACGAUGCCGAAACGAACAGAGGCGGCGGCGGACGAGGAAGACCCCGCCCCGCCCGUGCGGCGCCCCAAAAUCAAAAAGGUCAUCACCAAAAGGAUCCACAUCCUCGAGUGGCUGCCUCGAUAUACCCGGGGCGACGUGGUCGCAGACUUCAUCGCCGGCAUUACCGUCGGCAUGACCAUGAUCCCGCAGUCGAUAGCCUACGCGGGCCUCGCCGGCCUCCAGCCCCACUACGGUCUCUACACGUCCUUCAUCGGGUCGUUCGCGUACGUGUUCGUUGGCACCGUGAAAGAGGUGUCCAUAGGGCCGACGAGCCUCAUGUCCCUGCUGACGUUCUCGUACGUGGUGGGCUACCCCACCGAGUACGUCGUCUUGCUGACCUUCCUCGCUGGUUGCGUCGAGUUCGCGAUGGGCCUGUUUAAACUGGGUUUCCUGAUGGAUUUCAUAUCGCCGUGUCUGACUUCGGGUUUCACGUCCGCGGGUUCCGUGAUCAUCAUCGUCGCUCAGCUGAAGAACUUCUUCGGCGUGCGGAUCCAAAGUCACGACACGUUCAAGGCGAUCAAGGAGUUCGUGGGCGUGCUACCGGACAUCCGGUUCGCUGACACGACGCUCGCGGUCUGCAGCGUCGCGUUUCUGCUCGCGUUCAAGCGACUCAACGGCAUCAAGGUGGAGUCAGAGAACGGCAAGAAGGUGCUGUGGUUCCUGUCGAUAUCGAAAAACGCGAUAGUGGUUCUGAUCAGUUCCGUGAUAGCGGCCAUAUUGUAUAACACGCGCGGCAGCACGCCGUUCAAGCUGACGGGUCCGGUGCCGAAGGGCCUGCCCGAUGUUUCGCUGCCGCCGUUCCGCGCCCGGUUCGGCAACGACACCGUGGGCGUGGUCGAGAUGGUGUCGUCGCUCGGUUCCGGCAUCGUCGUCAUCCCGGUCGUCGCCAUUUUGGCCAACAUCGCGAUCGCCAAGGCAUACAGCUCGGAAACGAUUGUGGACGCGUCGCAGGAAAUGAUGUCGCUGGGUCUCUGCAACAUCCUCGGUUCGUUUAUAAAAGCGAUGCCGAGUUGCGGCGCUUUCACUAGGUCCGCGGUGGCGAGCAGCAGCGGCGUCAGGACACCGCUGCAAGGAAUAUACUCGGGUGCUGUCAUUAUGUUGGCGCUCAGUUUCCUAGCGCCGUACUUCUUUUACAUCCCCAAGGCGACGCUCGCCGCGGUACUCAUCACCGCCGCGAGCAGCCUCAUCGACUAUGAGAUCCUCGUCACCUUGUGGAAGUGCAACAAGGUGGACUUUUGCAUGACCCUGAUGACGUUCAUAAUCGGCGUCGUGGUGAGCGUCGAGAUGGCGAUCGUAGUGGGGGCGCUGCUUAACGCGCUUAUACUGCUUAAGAUGUGGUCGAGACCUGAAGUCAAGAUCGAAGUUCGUUCGACCCUCAAACUCCAGGAGUACGUCUACAUCAAACCGGCGCUGGGUUUGUUUUAUCCCGCUGCCGAUUACCUUACCGAGUCCGUUAAAAAAGCUCACGGAGACCGCCCCACACUGCCCAUUGCGCUAGAUUGUUCCGGAUUCGUCCAGAUCGAUUAUUCGGCCGCGAAGACGAUCGAGAACCUCCUGAAGACGUACAACUCGAAGCACGUCGGCAUGGUGCUCGUCAACGUCAACCCGCGUGUCAAGAAAACUUUAAGGAACGUCGCGAACGCCGACAAUCUCGAACUGUGCCAGAGCACUGAAGACAUCGACUCUAGGGGUCUGCUCUUCAGGGUGGCGGAGGAACAGCCGCUGGUCGCCGGUAACGGCGACCGCCGCUACUCCACCAAGCUGGAGGACAUACGCAGGGGCUCGCUGUGCGACGUGGAGUGAUUGUUUAUAUAUUUAUUGCUUAAA